GGGGAUGUACUGUGUGGUGACUAACGUAAUAUAAUUUAAAAAAUUAAAAUAAAAAUAAAAAAAUAAAAUAAAAUCCGAAAAAAAAAAAAGAACAUGUGGUAUGUAACAUUUUCCUGUCUUCAGUUUUGGAUCCAAGUUAUAGGGAAAAUUCCAGUUAACACCCUAUUAUGUAAUCAGUAGAACCAACAGAUUGUAAGGGAACUUGAAAUUGUUGGUGGGCUACUGAAUUACAUAGCAGAUGAGCAACUUAAAAUUCCAUCCUAAAUUUGGAUUAAAUAAUCAUUAAAAAGAUAUAUCAUUCAUAGUGGCAGAAGAAAAAGCAGAGAAUAAUGGCACAGAUUUAUGUCAAUUGGUGAAGAAAGUCUACUUCAUGGAGUAUAUCCUUUUUUUUUUUUUAAGGUUUACUUAUUUAUUUGAGAGAGACACAGAGCAAGUGAAUGCACACAUAAGUGGGGGGAGGGACAGAAGGAGGGGAAGAGAAUUCUUUUUUUUAACCCCCCACCUUAAAAAUAUCUAAUCAGUCCUUCAUCACAAUCCCAGUGCAGUUCUUCCUGCCCACAGGUCCUGUCCUUGUGCUUUAAUAAAAACACAUUUUGCACCAGAACAUCUCAAGAAUGCUUUCUUGACUGUUUGCUGCUGGCCCACAUCACAUCAUUUUGGUGCCCAACGUGGGGCCUGAGUCUUCUCAUCUGUACUCCAAGCCUUGGUGCAAACUUGGACACCAUCGGAAACAUUGGUUAUUUUACUAAGGCUUUGACUGGAAUGUCAUAUUUGAGAGAAACAUGCAUAGAUCAGAUAUAACCAUACAGCCUUAAGGAAGUAAGACUGACUUUAUGAAGCAUGAAGACAAUAGAGCCCCUUGGACACUGCCUACAGAGGUCUCAGCAGCCUUAUCAAGUGAGAAGAGAGUGUCACUUCCUGGCAGGUACAGGAACUUCAGGAUAUUUGGGUGAAGAGGAAUUCACCCAAGUAUACAGAGUUUACAUGAAUGGUGAUGAAAGGACCCUCUCAUAUAUUCGAAGAAAUCAAGAUAACCAAGGCAUCACUGGAUACCUCUCCAAAGGGAUCUGUACCUGUAUCGAGAUGCUCUGAAGAAUAGCAACUAUGCCUAGGAAUGUCUAGUGUUACAAAAUGAUGAAAACUAAUUCUAGCAUCUUCCAUUUUGCCAUAAUCUUCAUGUUAAUAUUUGAGAUCAGAAUCCAAUUGUCCAAUGAAAGUGAAUUUCUAGUUAACAGAUCAAAAGCAGGUCUCUUUCAUGUUCCCAAAGACCUAUCCUUGAAAACAACAAUCUUAGAUAUAUCACAAAACUAUAUAUCUGAGCUUCAGACUUCGGACAUCCUAUCACUAUCAAAGCUGAGGAUUUUGAUAGUUUCUCAUAAUAGAAUUCAGUUUCUUGAUAUCAGUGUUUUCAAAUUCAACCAGGAAUUGGAAUACUUGGAUUUGUCCCACAAUGAGUUGGGGAAGAUUUCUUGCCAUCCUACUGUGAACCUCAAGCACUUAGACCUCUCGUUUAAUGCAUUUGAUGAUCUGCCCAUAUGCAAGGAGUUUGGCAACAUGUCUCAACUAGAAUUUCUGGGAUUAAGUGCCACACAUUUACAAAAAUCUAGUGUGCUACCAAUUGCUUCUUUGCAUAUAAGGAAGGUUUUACUGGUCUUAGGAGACACUUAUGGGGAAAAAGAAGACCCCAAGAGCCUUCAAAACCUCAACACAGAAAGUCUACACAUUGUUUUCCCCAGAACAAAGGAAUUCAGUUUUACUUUGGAUGUAUCAGUCAGCACUGCAAUAAGUCUGGAACUAUCUAAUAUCAAAUGUAUCCUAGAUGAUAAUGGAUGUUCUUAUUUCCAAAAUGUUCUGUCAAAACUUCAAAAGAAUUCAAGGUUAUCAAAUCUUACUUUAAACAACAUUGAAACAACGUGGAGUUUCUUCAUUACAAUCCUCCAAAUGGUUUGGCAUACAAACAUAGAGUAUUUCUCAAUUUCAAAUAUAAAACUACAAGGUUACCUUAACUUAAGAUAUUUUGAUUAUUCUGACACGUCACUGAAGGCCUUAUCUAUACACCACGUUGUCAGUGAUGUGUUCAGUUUGUCACAAAGUUAUAUCUAUAAAAUCAUUUCAAACAUGAACAUCCAAAAUGUCACAGUGUCUGGUACACACAUGGUCCACAUGGUUUGCCCAUCCCAACUUAGUCCAUUUCUGUAUUUGGAUUUUUCUAAUAAUCUCUUAACAGACCUGGUUUUUAAAAAUUGUGGAACCUUGGCUAAACUGGAGACACUUAAUUUACAAAUGAAUCAAUUAAAAAAUCUUGCAAGUAUAGUUAAUAUGACCAAGGAGAUGAAGUCUCUACAACAAUUGGAUAUUAGCCAGAAUUCUCUAAAGUAUGAUGAAAAUGAAGGAAAUUGUGCUUGGACUAGAAGUUUAUUAAGUUUAAAUAUGUCUUCAAAUAUACUUACUGACUCUGUUUUCAGAUGUUUACCUCCCAAGGUCAAGGUACUUGAUCUUCACAAUAACAGAAUAAGGAACAUUCCUAAACCAAUCAUGAAACUAGAAGCUUUGCAAGAACUCAAUGUUGCUUCCAAUUCUUUAGCCCACCUUCCUGACUGUGGUACUUUUAGCAGCCUUUCUAUACUGAUCAUUGACUCUAAUUCAAUUUCCGACCCAUCAGCUGAUUUCUUCCAGAGCUGCCAGAAGAUUAGGUCCAUAAGAGCAGGGAACAAUCCAUUCCAAUGUACAUGUGAGCUCAGAGAAUUUGUCCAAAGUCUAGGCCAAGUAUCAAGUGAAGUGAUAGAAGGUUGGCCUGAUUCUUAUCAGUGUGACUCUCCAGAAAACUAUAAGGGAACCCCACUGAAGGACUUCCACGUGUCUCAGUUAUCCUGCAACACGACUCUGCUGCUUGUUACCAUUGGGGUCACUGUGCUGGGGUUGACUGUUAUUGUGACUGCCCUCUGUAUCUACUUUGAUCUGCCCUGGUAUCUCAGGAUGAUGUAUCAGUGGACCCAGACCCGGCGCAGGGCAAGGAAUGCACCCUUAGAAGAACUCCAAAGAACCCUCCAGUUCCAUGCUUUUAUUUCAUAUAGUGGGCAUGAUUCUGCCUGGGUGAAGAGUGAAUUACUACCAAACCUAGAAAAAGAAGAUAUAAGGAUUUGUCUCCAUGAGAGAAACUUUGUUCCUGGCAAGAGCAUUGUGGAAAAUAUCAUAAACUGCAUUGAGAAAAGUUAUAAGUCGAUCUUUGUUUUGUCUCCCAACUUCAUCCAGAGUGAGUGGUGCCAUUAUGAACUCUACUUUGCCCACCACAAUCUCUUUCAUGAAGCUUUUGAUAACUUAAUCUUAAUCUUGCUGGAACCUAUUCCACAGUAUUCCAUUCCUAGCAGCUAUCACAAGCUCAAAAAUCUCAUGGCACAAAGGACUUACUUGGAAUGGCCCAAGGAGAAGAGCAAACAUGGACUUUUUUGGGCUAACCUAAGAGCUUCUAUUAAUAUUAAACUGAUGGAGCAAGCAAAAAAAAUAGAUCACACAUAGAUCUAAAACUAUUCCUUUGCUGCUUUUGGAAGUUCCAGCAGUGACUUAUUCUGCAUCAAUACAAAUCUAAAUGCAAUUUUGAAUAUAUGAUGUAGAUAAAAAUGUGUAAUUUCAGGCUCUCCAUUUCACUAUUUAUAAAUGGUAACAAACAUUAA